UAGGUCAACAGUUAGAAUCGGUAAAAGGUCAAUCAUGUUAAUAUGUAUUUUCUGUAAUGAGAGAAGAUGAAAAAUUAAAGUUCUGGGUUUAUGCAAGGUAACCUUUAAGUAGAGAACCAAUGGAAAAGAUGAUGAUAAUGAUGAUGAAGAUGAGGAUGAUAACAAAAGAUGAAUGGUAAACAUUUUAAAAGUCUGUUCGUGUGUCCAGAGAUUUAAGAUGCUGGUCAAGAUGAUGAUGGAAAAAAAAUAGUAAGAAGAAAAAAGGACAUGUGGAAAAGGAGAAAGAGAAAAUGAUAAACAUAAGAAUAAGGUAAAUACCCUCAGGUAUUUUUACCUUUACACAGAUAAAGAAAAGUCUGUUCGAUAUAAAUUAUAUGGACAGAACCAUCUGUCGUUUUCUUGGCGUACGACUUACAAUCAAAGUCCAUCGAUAACCAGAGACCUUUCACCUCAACAGAAAAGGAUAAAAUAUCAAUGACCUUCUCUUGGCCCUCCUUAUUUCUCUCUCUCUCUUUCUUUCUUUCUUCGAAGGAAUUCCUAAAAUUAAAGGUUUCGAAAGAAAGAGAAACGCGUGCUGCGUUUUAUUCUACAAAACGUGUUAAGCACGUUCUCUCGCUUUCUGUCUUCCUCUUUCUCUCUUUUUCGGUCUUCCUUUUCUCCGCUUUAACCUCGCAGAUGUCGAUGUUAAUGCUUCUGUUAAGGAAGAUGAAAAGAGAGUUUUUCAUCAUCUUCUCUUUCUUUUCUUAGACCAGUUGAAAAGGGAGUCUUUCUUUUUCUUCUUCAUCCCCCUGACCCUCUUCUUCUUGUCUUCAUGUUGUUGUUAUUUGUUGUUCCUUGAAGAAGAUAUUGAAAAACAGUCACUCUUAAGACUUCAAACUGUUAACAUGAUUAAGUUUUCAUCAUUUCGAUAAACAGUUUUUUUUGUCUUCACUUUUUUUGUUUGUUGUUUAUUCAUUUAUGAAACAGUUAACCUGAUUUCUGAUUCAUCAAUUUCUCUCUCUCUCUCUCAUAACUUUGGUGUUGAUUGUUGUCAUGGUCAGUGUGUGUGUGUAUAUCAUUUUUAAUUAACUAUGAGCAUCUUUCUUAACUCAACCACAAUGAGAUCCUUGGUUAACUCAAUUAUUUUGGGUGAACCAUCAAACAAUAACUACAUUCAUCAACACAACCAUCAAAAUCAUCAUCAAGAUAAUUUUUUCCAUCAUCAUAAUCAUAUUCAUUCAAAACAAAACUCAUUCUCAUCUUCUUCUGAAAUUAUGUCCACUAUUACAGAAUCAUCUAAUUCAUCCAUUGACUCUGGUACUUUUGACGUUUUCGACGAUCCUGAAGAUCAUUUCUACGAUGAACCUUUAUUAUCAACCUUUGAUUAUCACUUCCUUGAUAAUAGUAAUCAAAAUCGUAACCCAUCAACAUCCUCAUCAUCAUCAAAUGUCACCAAUAUCUCAUCUCAUGGUUCCUCAUCCGUAAUUGAAUCACUUUUACUUGAAUCUUGCAAUAACAACAAUAACUACAAAUCGCUUGAUAACAAUAGCGAGAAUACUAAACAUUCCCAUAAUCAAACCUCAUCAAUCGGUAAAAUUACAAUCAACAAACCUAAAAUAAGACCACCGAAACCACCUCGACAUAUCAAUCCUUUGACAGGUAAAAAAUUGAUCAAUCAAAGUGUUUCAACUGAUUUACCUUUGACAUUACCCCCUAAAGGUGCUUGUUCCUCAUCAUCAUCUUCAUCCUCAUCAUCCGGUGUAUCAAGUACAGGAUCUUUAUCACCUUCACCGUCGUUUAAAUUGUGUGAAGAAAGUACCAAUAGUUCACCUCAUCUUCCGCCUCCUUUGCAACCUCAAAGUGUCUCAAAGAAACCCGAUCGUCCACCACCACCGGUACCCGAUCAUCCACCAAAACCAUUGAGGAAAAAGAGUGAAAUUAAAACAAUAACCAGUAGCAAUCAAGCACCAAUCGAAACACAAUCAACAAUGGCCGUUCUAAAUCGCUCCAGAUCAAGUCAAGGAUCUUUUUAUGAAACAGCCUUCGAUAGUAAAGCAAUUCUUCAUGAUGGUUUACAUCGUGAUCAAAUUAAUCAACUAAGUCAACAUAAUCUUCAACCAAUCAAAAUGACAUAUCACUCUAAUCAUCAUCCCAAUCACAAUCAUCAUCAUAAUCAUCAUACAAACAAUUUUCAUCGUUCCACUGAGAAUAGUAACUCAUCAUCAUCAGUCGCAUCUUUUAUCAACGAUAAUAAUAUAAACUCUUCUCGAUCAUCAACAGCCUCAUCAACAUCAUCUUCCAACGGCCAUGAAUCUUCAAGUUCAUCCACACCCAAACAUCUCGAUCAAUUAGCUGGAUCGUUGUUACCUCGACGACAACCAAUUAAAUCAACUGUACACAUACCACGAAGUAAAUCUAGUGAUAUAACUCUUAAUUUAUCAGCUGCUCUAAAUCCUCCAUCAUUAUCAUCAUCAUCAUCAUCUCCAUCACCACCAUCUAAUCAAACAGAUAAAAUUUCAUCUUCUAUUGAAUGUAAAUCAGCAAAUAUUAUUACAAACCAUUUAUCUGGUGAUAAUCAAUCAGCUAAACGUAAUCAAGUAAACACUAAAACUUUAUCGACAUUUUCGAUGGUUAAAUCAACAACCAGUGAUUCCCUAUCGUCAUUUGAUUGUGAGGCUGGACGAGUCUUGACACGGACAAGAUCAAAUCUUGAUUCGCUUCGUUUAUCAAUCCAAGAUCGCAAUAAUAGAGUUAAUAUAUUAUCAUCAUCUCCAUCAUCUUCAUCAUCAUCAUCAACAUCAACAACAACAACAGCAACAACAACAACUACAUCUUCUAAUGAUGCUUUUAACUCAUUAGUUAAAAGUAAUAAUAAUCAUUGUAAUCAGAAAAUUGUUGCUACCACCAAUAAGAUGACUGAUAAAUUACCAGCUAAUCGAUCAUUUCGUCGAUUAAAUCUUAAAUUAGAUGAGACUCGUUCAUCUAUGAACUUAUCAAGUCCGAAAUUGCAAAGUCCACUUACCGAUACAAGGCCACUGGACGAUUACGAUACUCCUUGGGACUCUAAUCAAAGGCUUAACAAAGUAUUUAAUAAGUUAAUUAACACACCAAGUGAAAAGGAUGAAUCAGAUUGUUUUCCUAAUGUAAAUUCAUUGCAAAUCAAAACACCUUCAACUGAAUCAAAUCUAAAUAAUUUGACAAUAUCAUCAUUUGUAACAACAUGUAAUCAAGUUAAUUUACAACGGGAUUGUAUUGAUAAAAGUGAAGAGACAAUUGUAAUUGGUGGAAAUGAUAAUGUUUCAAGUUCAAGGGCUGAUGAACAAUCAACUAACCAAUUGCAAUUAAAUGAACAACGAAAAGGUUCCGUUGGAUCAACUAAUUCAAGUAAUUCAUCGGUUACAAUUAGCGGAGACCUGGAAUCAAAUGGUUGUAUAAAUAGUUGCGCCUCAUCGCCAAUUGAACCCGUUAAAAUGGACUCGAAACCCGAGCGACCUCGUAAAUUGUCAUUGCCAUUGAAUCUUAAGAAUGGCAAUGAUAGUACAUCAGCUAAACGUGUUGACCUUAAUCUUAAUCUUGAUUUUUCAAAUGUUCCAACAGUUGAUUCAUCAGCUAAUUCAUCACCAGUUCCAACAAUUACUCCUAAACUUUGUCUUGGUCCAAGAAAGAAGCCACUACUGACCUUCACUGGUCAACCUUUACCCGUCGUAUCUGAAGAUAUUGAUACGACCUUAAUUCUAGAAAAGCAAGGUUGGUACCAUGGAUCAAUUACUCGACUCGAUGCUGAGAAUUUACUCCGAAAAAUGAAAGAGGGCAGUUACUUAAUUCGAAACUGUGAAAGUACCAAACAAGACUAUUCUCUAUCUCUUAAAAGUGUCAAAGGUUUUAUGCAUAUGAAGAUCGUUAAACAAUCUGAUGGUUUCGUUCUUGGAGUGUUUAGUAAACCCUUUGAGAAUAUUCCGGAAAUGGUUAAACAUUAUUCCAUUAAUAAACUUCCGAUCAGGGGAGCUGAGCACAUGUCACUUUUAUACCCUGUUAUUGAUCAAUUGCUGUGAGAAACCAUAAUUAUUGUGCUAAUCGAUUUGUCACCAAAAUUUAUCCUCGAAUAUUAUAUUACAUCAUUGCCGAUAUAAAGCUUUACAUUUCUACUCAUUUA